CAAGGAGUGACUUCCUGUAUCUUGCGUCAUGAGCUUUGCUCGGCAGGUGUCUUGCCCGGACUUGUCGGCCAUGUUGAAGGCAAGCCUCGACUCGGAGCAGAAUUUUUGCGACUACAUAGCGAAAAUUAUAAGUGUUUGACUAAAAUAGCAGCACACAAGGGGAGAUCAUCCACCACUGUUCAGCCACUAAAGACAGCCUGUGAAGUUCUACGGUGAAUUUCACCGGAUCACCAAUCAGCAUCUACCUCAUGUGUUUUAUGCUGCACUGGAUGAAUAUGCUCUUCAGCUGAUUGGACUUUACAAAAAGAAGAAAACUGGACUGGUUGGUGAAAAGAUGGAGCAGCUUUUGCUGGCAUAUCAGCAACAGGACAAAAAUGACAUCUAUGCAACAAGAACAGCAGCCCUGGCUGGCCUACCCAUUUACCUUAAGGAGGAUUCUUCAGACAUUUUCAAAACAUGCAAGGUUGAAAUGGAGUUCUAUGAAGGUGCAGUUGCUCUGGUUGCUGAUGUGGAUGAAGAGGAGGUGCCUGCAGGAGUUCCUUUCUCACCACGCCAAGUGUUCAUCGUGCUUGAGGAUCAGACCCGCUCCUUGCUGAGUGUGUUUGAGGAAGAUUCAGGGAAUCUCACAGAGUACACCAACCAGCUGCUGCAGACCUUGCAACGGGUGUUUGGAGCUCAGAGUGAAAUGGGACUGGCCACAGAGCAGCUUUCAAGGCAGCUUCUUGACUAUGAAAAGAAAAAUUUUGCCCUUGGAAAAGGUGACGAAGAGGUCAUCACUACAUUACAGAGCUUCGCAAAAACUGUUGGAGAGCUAAACUCGCUCCACUCUGGGCUGGCCAACCAGAUGGCUGACAGCAUGGUGUUCCCCCUGAUCCAGUUCAGAGAAAAAGACCUCACAGAGAUAAGCACUCUGAAGGAAAUAUUUGGUAUCGCCACUGAUGAGCAUGAGGCGGCUAUGGUCAAGUACAGCCGAUUGCCCAAGAAAAAGGAGAACGAAAAGCUGAAGGCAGACAUGAUGAAGGAGGUGGCGUACACCAGGAGGAAGCAGCACCAGGCCUCGCUGCAGUAUUACUGCGCCCUCAAUGCCCUGCAGUACCGCAAGAGAGUAGCUAUGCUCGAGCCGAUGCUAGGCUACACUCAGGCGCAGAUCAGCUUUUUCAAGAAGGGCCUUGAGCUGGUGUCAAAGAAGAUGGAAAGUUUUCUCUCUUCAGUGUCCAACAUGACCCAAAAUAUUCAGACACAGCUGGAGGCUGAGGCGGAGGCCAUGCGCAUGGUGCAGAAGGAGCUGCUGUCUGUGGAAGACACCGUGUACAUGCCAGAUAAGGAAACUGAGACCGUCAAUCGCACACUUAUCCAGAAGGCUGGCUACCUCAACAUUAGGAAUAAAACAGGGCUGGUGACCACAGCCUGGGAUCGACUCUUCUUUUUCACCCAGGGAGGAAACCUCAUGUGCCAGCCGCGAGGGGCGGUGGCAGGGGGCAUGGUCCUGGACCUGGACAACAGCUCCGUCAUGGCGGUGGAGUGUGAGGACAGACGUUACUGCUUUCAGAUAACUUCCCCUUCAGGAAAGAUGUUGAUGAUUCUACAAGCUGAGAGCAAAAAGGAAUAUGAAGAGUGGAUUUGCACUGUAAACAACAUCUCCAGGCAGAUCUACCUGACCGACAACCCGGAGGCCGUGGCCAUCCGAUUGAACCAAACCGCCAUUCAGGCAGUCACUCCGAUCACCAGCUUUGAGAAGAGACAAGAGGGUUCAGCCAACCCCGACAGAGCCAAGCCUGGAGGUGUUCAACCUGCUGGGAGCGAUUCCCAGAAAACAGGAGCCGCUCCAGAACCAGAGGACCUGAUCGCUCCUGGGACGCCUAUUCAGUUCGACAUCAUGCUACCAGCAUCUGAGUUCCAGGACCAGAACAGAGCUGGGGGGAGGCGGACAAAUCCGUUUGGAGAAACAGACGAGUGUACAGCAGAGAGUGAUGCAGACUCCCUCCUGCAGCAGGUAUUCGAUGUGCGCUUCCUGGGCUCCAUGGCCGUUCGGUGCGGAAACAACCAGGAGGUGAUCUACGAAGCCAUGAGGCAGGUGCUGGCGGCCCGCGCCAUCCACAACAUCUUCAGGACCACUGAGGCCCACCUCAUGGUCACCAGCAGCAGCCUGAGGUUAAUUGACCCCCAAACUCAAGUAACAAGAAUAGGCUUCCAGCUAAAAGAGGUGUCCCAGUUCGCAGCUCACCAAGAGAACGGGCGGCUGAUGGGGUUUGUGGUCGAGGGGAGAGACUGGAGUGACGAAAACGAGGAGGGAGAACCUUCGUUCAGCGCCUUUGUGUUUGAGAGCAACACGGAGGGAGAAAAGAUAUGUUACACCAUAAAUUUGGCAAAGGAGAUUACAGAAGCAAAGAAGGACCCAGAUGCUCUGGCCCAGCUUAUGAAGAACAUGCCUCUGACCAAUGACGGCAAGUUUCUGCUCCUGGAGCCUGAGACGGGCGACUCAAACAGCGGAGAGGGCCAAGAGGACCUGGAGUCUGAGGCCUAGUUGCCCUGAGAACAUUCCUUCCCCCCGAGAAAACACAACAAAGGCCAGGUUUCAUUAUGACCUCCACCUGAAGUUUAGUACUGUAACACCAUCUCAAGAGGGUAGGCUUCACUGACAAGGGUUUGACCAAAUACAUCAGGAAAACCCAUUUACUGUGUGCUUACAUUAGUAUGGAUCUUUGAAGUUAUUUCUUUCCCUGUGCACCACUUCACAUGGCCUGAGCAUCCCAAGGUCCUCCCCUGAUUGGUACUGUUGGUGUCCGUCAAAGAGGUGGUGGUAAAUCAUUCCCUUCGGUUUAGGUUUACAUUUCUUUCAGCUUUUCAUAGUGUGAGGGUGUUUGUGUGUGAAAACCUUGUAAACUUGUAUGUAAUUAAUCUGUUUUAGCAUUUUUAUUUCUUAAAGAUCCAUAUACAAAACAAUUAUUGCACUUUUAAGGUUAAGCACUAAUUAAUACAGCUAAAGAAGCUAAAACUAUUGAAAUGAGAGAAAAAACAAUGAGACAAUGUUGGGUUGCUUUUGCUCGCAGUGAUAUAGCAGUUUAUAAUAAUUACCAAUAAAAUUUGGGGCACGAGGAAAACAUUUUUUGCUCUCUCUGCAGACUUAAAAUCUUCACCAUCUUCAGCAUUCUUACUAAACAACCAUCAUGCUUGAAAUAGUCUCCUGCUACCUGGCUGUAUAAAACAAAUCUGUGGAUAAUCUGUCUGCAACAUCCUCAUUGAGAAUCCCCCCAAAAACAACUCUGCGCUCCACUUCUUUGAGUCGUGUGUAAAUAUGAUUUGUCAGAGUGUCGGUUUGCUGUUUAAUCUGCGUGUGUGUGUGUGUAGGCACUGUUGCGGUGCAUGAUUAAAUGACACCGUUCA